UUUCGACUUUCGAACCAACCUCUACCUAUUCGGUGUGGUAGUGCGAUUACUAUUAUUUCAUUUUCAAUUCUUGAAUCGUACAAAAGUUCAUCACUUAUACGGUGCUUGUUGUUGUAGUUUUAUACAAUUAAACGCAAAUAGAAAACUCAAUAAAAUAUAAAAAAUAUAUAAUGGCUGCCGAAGGAGAAGUUAAACUUUACUCACGCGAGGAAAUCUCAAAACAUAAUUCAAACAAAAACACCUGGUUGAUCAUCCAUAAUAACGUGUACGAUGUGUCGGAAUUUUUAAAUGAGCAUCCCGGCGGUGAAGAAGUGCUGAUCGAACAAGGCGGCAAGGAAGCCACAGAGAGUUUCGAAGAUGUCGGCCACAGUUCGGAUGCUCGUGAAAUGAUGAAAAAGUACAAAAUUGGCGAACUAGUCGAAGCCGAACGUACGAAUGUGCCGCAGAAGAGCGAACCCACAUGGAAUUCCGAUCAGAAGACAGAAGACUCAUCAAUGCGUUCAUGGCUAUUACCAUUGGUGCUCGGUUUAGUGGCUACAAUUCUCUACAGAUAUUUCUUUAAAGUGUAAAUGUCGCUAAACAAAACAAAACAAAAAAAGCAGAGCAAACAACAAAUCAUUUUACGAUUAAUUUCCUUUGUCGUUGCGUUGUAAAGUUUAUUUAAGAAACCAUUCCCUUUAAUUAAUUAGUAAAAAACAAAAACAAAGAAAGUGUCUGCAUUUAUGCCUACGUCUAUGUACUACAUGCACAAAACCGUACCAAACAGGAUGGACUACUUCAAAAUAUUUCGCAUACAAAUGUAAAGUGUAUAAUGGUUGCUGCUUGCUUAAUAGAUAAAUUUUACCAUAUGUAAUUUUUUAAAGAGAAAAAUGUAAAAAAUUUAUUAUACAUAAUACAUAUGUUUACAUUCUAUUGAUGAGGAAAUUAUACAAAUAAAUAUGUAUAAGUACUUGGGUA